GCGGGAUAAAAACAUCCUGUCACUUCGACCGUUAGUGACGCCAAGGCUAGCUUGAGAGCCAACUGGUCCUGUUCGAAACAGCUUUAUAGACAUUUACAGUACACAUUUUAAACAGACGAACGACAGCGUCAUUGUAGCUCGGCAGCAAUGGUGGAAUGUGAUAACAAAAGCGCGAACAUGCUGGCUCAGGAGACGGCCCAGCUGGAGGAGCAGCUCCAGGCGUGGGGGGAAGUGAUCCUAGUGGGGGACCGUGUCCUGCGCUGGGAGAAGGCGUGGUUCCCUGCAGCCCUGAUGGGUGCCACCAGCGUGCUCUUCCUGCUCAUUUACUAUCUGGACCCAUCGGUGCUGACGGGCCUGUCCAGCACGGUCAUGCUGCUGUGUCUGUCAGACUAUCUGGUACCCACGCUGGCCCCCAGGGUCUUUGGCUCCAACAAGUGGACCACGGAGCAGCAGCAGCGCUUCCAUGAGAUUUGCGGUAACCUGAUGAAGAUGCAGCGUCGUGUGCUGGGUUGGUGGAGACGUUUGUGCACACUCAAAGAGGACAAGCCAAAGAUGUACUUUGCAUCGGUGAUCAGCAGCCUGCUGGUGGUGGCGUGGAUCGGACAACAAGUGCACAACCUCUUCCUUGCCUACGUGAUUGUGAGCUUCCUGCUGCUGCUCCCCGGCCUCAACCAGCACGGCGUCCUGUCCAAGUACGCCUGCAUGGCCAAGCGGGAGAUCAACAAGCUGCUCAAGCACAAGGAGAAGAAGAACGAGUAGUUUGUCUUGUUGGCAUCUCAGCCCACCUUUGAUGUUUAAGUGUUGUGCACCCACCAGCCCCCAGUGACUACUGACUUUGUGUGUCUUCAUCAUAUGUUUUCUCUUCCUGUUUGCAGCACUUGAAGUAAACGCCCCCUUCUAUCCUGUCUUCUUAUUUAUGUGUCCCAUCAUGGCUUUACUAAUGUGAAUAAAGUUGAUUUUAAAUUACA